AUGUGUGACUUCACGCAGCGCGAAUAUUAUUGCGGCCAUUUCCGUUGGAUUGCGUCAAAGUGGUGCCAAACUUAUACUUAUACGCACAAGAGAUGCCGCCUGCCCAACGUGACACAUUUCGAGUACAGGCAUAGUUGCGGAGAGUGCAAACCAAAGGAAUGCCCGCACUGGUACCAUGAGCUGAACAAACGGUGGAACAAGUCGGAGAGGUGA